UACGGUUAGCUUUAGAUGCUGACAUUUAAUUCUGCCAAAGUCUUCAUUUUGAAUAUAUGCUUACUGUUUUUGUUUUACUCUUUAAGACAAAAGAAAAUCCAUGAAGAACAAGAAAGGGAAAGAAGAAAACAGGAGAGGUUGGAGAUAAGAGAGGAAAGGAGAAAAGAAAGAGAAGAACAAAGGCGAGACAGGCACUUGAAAAGAAGACGUUGUGAGGAAGAGGAACGCAUGAAACUGAAGAUUGACGUGGAGGAACGCAAAUUGCUGCUGGCUAAGAGGAAACUAGAGUCACUUCAUUUGUUAGCAGAGCUUUUCAACAGGAUUAAGGAGGAUAAAUUUAAGGAGGAUCUCAAGAGGAGGGAAAAAGAAGUUGAAUGUGAGAGACAGAGGCAAGUGGAAAUGGAACGGAAAAGGAAACUAGAGGAGGAAAUGAUAAAAGCUGAAGUAAAGAAAAGAAAGCAAGAGGAACUGAUGUGUCAAGAAAAGGAAUUAAGGGACAAAAUACUGAAAAAUAUUAAAGCCAAAGAAGAAAAGAAACUUGAGCAGGAAAGAGAACUUUUAAGAAAGAAACUGUCAGGAAAACACAAACUGAAGAGUGCUGUUGUCUUAAAAAAGUGACUUGUCCCAACUAUGGAGUGAUUGUCUUCACAAUGGAGCAAUUAUCAAGGAACUUUCUGCAAUGUUUGGUCACUAUGUUUCUUAUGUAAGGCAAUUCCUUCAGAAGUGCUAUCUUCUUUUUUGUCAUUUUUAAUAUAGCCCAUUUCUGAUGUCCCCCGCCAUGAUAUUGCUGGAAUAUUGCUAAAAUUGGCCUAAAACCAUACUCAUUGUUCAUUUAAAUAUUUCAUGUUUUUGGUAACUAUAUACCCUUUAAAUUGUCUAAUCUCCUCUGAAAGGCUUAAAGAGGCACUGGUCUGUGUUAUACUGUUGAACAUUUUUUAUUACUAUAAAAACCCCAAACACCUUCGGUGGUUCAAGAGCAUAUUAACAACAAUUCAUGUGCAUCCAUCAUGGAUAGAAAAUUGAAUACAAUAAAUAAUUCCUUAUUCAUAUAUACAAUUCUUUACACAUAAAUAAGUGUAUACAAUUAAUAGAUGGAUGAAUACAAAUAUGUAUUAAAGAUUUGCUUGCAUUUUUUGUAACUGUAUGAUAAACUUUGACAAACAAAUUUGUGGCUUCAGCCUGGCCAACUUAUUCUGCCCUCAUUAGUUGGCUUAUACAAUUAGCUGGCUUAUACAACUGAGUGUGACAAGAGAAUUGGCUACCAUCUUUUAGGACAGUGUAAUAAUCAUUGAGGCAAUGUUCAUGUACAUUUCUGAAAACUACAAGAUUACCCAUGAAGAUUUGGAUAUGUCAAAACAAAGCAGAUAAAAAAGAAGGAUGGAAGUCCACCCGAUGCCAUUAUAUGGAAAUAGGUAUAACAACAAAUAGUUCAUUGUUAUGUAAUCCAAAGCAAUUUUUUCAAAAAUCAUAGUCAUCAUGAAAAUAGUUGACAGCUGAUCAAUGACACUUUACACUCAUGUCGCACGCCUAAAGAAAAUAGGAGUUAUAAUAUUCUGAGACACUGUUUAUAUUUUGCAAUAUUUGUACUGUUAAAAAGACACAUGACAUCAAACCAUUUCUUUCUAAAGUGCAGACACAUUGUUCCUUUAUGUAAUGAUGGAUGCCUUCCCAGAACAAGGUAACGGUCUGUUUUUAUAUGUGUUACUCUUGUCAAUUUUAAUAUAUGGUAUCAGCA